AUGGAAAUAGUGAUGGAGGGAGAUUCUGUCACUCUUCAAACUGAGUUUAUGAACAAUGAGGGCAAUGAUCAUAAAUCCUGGGGGUUUGAACCUAAAAACACAGAUAAAAUGGAGAGCAUCUUUACAAUAGAUGGCGUUUCCGAGAGAUUCAGAGGCAGAGUGAAAUUGAAUCCCAAUGGAUCCCUGACCAUCACAAACAUCAGACUCAGUGACUCUGGAUAUUAUAUAAUGUCUUCUGAUGGCUCCUCGCAGAAGAUGUUCAGAGUUUUUGUCAGUGAGUUAAAACAAGUUUCCACACCUGCCAUCACCACUGCAGGUGCACAAACUGAAGUGAGUCAAACUCAAAGUGUUCGAGCGUCCAGAUGUUUAGUGUUGUGUUCAGUGUUGAAUGUGAGUGCUCUGAGUCUCUCCUGGUACAAAGGAAACAGUGUAUUGUCCAGCAUCAGUGUGUCUGAUCUCAGCAUCAGUCUCUCUCUACCUCUGGAGGUGGAACAUCAGGAUAACAACACCUACAGCUGUGUGGUCAACAACACCAUCACAAACCACACCACAGAUCUGGACAUCAGUCAAACCUGUCAGCCAUGUGAAGACACUGGUCAUUGUUGUGGUUUCACUGAAGCUGUGAUCCGAUUGGCUCUCUCUGCUCUGGUGGGCGUGGCUACUAUUGCUGUGUUGGUUGAUCACUUCAGAACCAUGAAAGCGGAACAGAAAAUGAGGGAGGAUACAUCACUAUCUGUACCUUAG